AUGGGCCGCAGAAAGCAAGCUUCCGCAGCAAGACUCCACACCAAGCAAAGCGCCACCACCAGAUUUGGAAGAGGACCCAUGGCAGGUACUGGAGGAUCGAGAGGCGAUGGCAUGGGCCGCAGAAAGCAAACUUCCGCAGCAAGACUCCACACCAAGCAAAGCGCCACCACCAGAUUUGGAAGAGGACCCAUGGCAGGCACUGGAGGAUCGAGAGGCGAUGGAAUGGGCCGCAGAAAGCAAACUUCCGCAGCAAGACUCCACACCAAGCAAAGCGCCACCACCAGAUUUGGAAGAGGACCCAUGGCAGGUACUGGAGGAUCGAGAGGCGAUGGCAUGGGCCGCAGAAAGCAAACUUCCGCAGCAAGACUCCACACCAAGCAAAGCGCCACCACCAGAUUUGGAAGAGGACCCAUGGCAGCUGGAGGAUCGAGAGGCGAUGGAUGGGCCGCAGAAAGCAAGCUUCCGCAGCAAGACUCGAAACCAAGCAAAGCGCGUGGAUGGGAAGCACCACCAGAUCUGGAAGAGGAUCCAUGGCAGGUACUGGAGGAUCGAGAGGCGAUGGCAUGGGCCGCAGAAAGCAAGCUUUCGCAGCAAGACUCCACACCAAGCAAAGUGCCUGGAAGGGAAGCACCGCCAGGUCUGGAAGAGGAGGAUCCGUGGCGUGUCUUGGAUCCAAAUGUCGGAAGUUCAUGGACACAGCAGGACGACGUCAGGACAGAUAAGUUAUCUGAUGAUCCUGAUGUGGAUGCAGCACAAGAACAGUCUGAAGCAGAUGCAUGGCAGGUUUUGGAGCGGCAAGAGGCGGCCCUGCGAGCUGAAGCAACUUCCCGUAUGCAGGAGGAUGAGACACUGCCCACAGAUUCGCUGGCAGACGAGGAUGUUCGCGUCGCGCAUGAGCAACUACAUGAGCGGAAACAACAGAGUCGUUCAGUCGACUUACCCAUUGAUGCCCUUCGCGAAGAAAUACUACAGGCAGUCAGGGCCGAGCGUGUCACAAUACUGGUCGGGGCUACCGGAUGCGGAAAGUCAACUCGGUUGCCGCGGUUCUUGAUGGACGAACACGGGGCGAAAGUGCUGGUCACGCAACCACGGCGCGUCGCGGCAGUUGAGAUCGCACGACGGGUUGCUUCUGAAAGAGGCGAACGCAUCGGCCAGAACGUUGGCUACCGCAUCUCCGGCGAGACGGUUCGUGGUUCUGGCAAAUUGCAAUUCGCAACUAUAGGUUAUGUCUUGACCUGGUUCUUGGCGAAGCCUGAGCAUUUCGGGAGCUUCACGCAUGUCGUCAUUGAUGAGGUGCAUGAGAGGGCGGCCGACAUGGAGAUGUUCCUUUUGCUUACCAAGCUCCUGAUGUACUUCUUCAAACGGCCGAAGGUUGUCUUGAUGUCGGCUACUCUCCAACCAGAGGAGUUCGGCAACUACUUCUCUGACUUCGUCUGCAAGGGAGGGACUGCUGCCCUGUCCGUGUCGGGGAGGACGUUCCCGGUGCAGGAGAUCUUCUUGGACGACCUCGUGUCUGACUACCAAGAUCUUCUCCCCGGCACCGUGUACUCCUUGGUCGAGGCAGCAGCGGAACAGUUUCAGAGGGCUUGGGAGGAUGGCGACCCAGAGUCACCUUCCGUCCUGGAGGGGCUGCCCGAAUUGGCAGUGCAGCUCAUCCCCUUCUUUGCCAAAAAAGACUCGACCCUGCUGGUCUUCAUGCCCGGGCUGCUUGAGCUCAGCAAUUUGUCCAAGAUGUUCACGCCCGAGGCCUUGAAGUCAUUUCCGACCUCGCAUAGGGAAUCCUCCCCCUCCAACUACGAAGUCUUCGUCUUGCAUUCCAUGGUUCCCCGCUCGGAGCAAGAACGAGUCUUCGAGCAACCAUCAGAUGGCAAGUGCCACAUCGUGCUCGCCUCCAACAUCGCGGAGUCAUCGAUCACUCUGCCAAGGGUCACAGCCGUCAUUGAUUUCGCGCUUCGAAGAGAGCCAGUUUACGACCACAAUCAAGGCUUGACCUGCCUGACAACAUCUUGGUGCUCCCAAGCAUCUGCUCGGCAACGGUCAGGUCGCGCUGGCCGAACCCAGCCGGGGAUUGCGAUUCGGCUCGUCACUCGAAGCUUCUUCGAGGAGAAGAUGCCAGAGUUCGACAUGCCGGAGAUAUUGCGGACUUCAACUGCAAAGCUUUUCCUUAGGGCGAAGAAGCUUUCGCAGGUGUUACAGAAAACAUCAGCGACAUUGUCGCCGGACUGUCCUCUGGAUUUGCGUUCAGCUCGGUCGCUCAUAGGCUCAUUGCCGCAACCACCGAAGAUGAAGCUUCUGAAAGCUGCUGUCAAGGAGUUGGCACAGACGAGUGCACUCGCGGCUGCAGAUGAAGCCGCUGAAAUAACUUCCUUAGGCUUGCUAAUCGACGGGCUGCCGUUGGAAGAGGGCCUGUGCCGGCUGAUCUGGUUCGGUGCGCUCUGGGGCUGCAUCAGCGAGGCCGUCAUCAUGGCAGCUGCGUGCUCGAGUGCUGACCCCUUCAGCAGUCCCACCCGGAUGUACAUGGAGAGCGAUGCUGCAUACCGUGCAAGCCUGCGGCGCUCCUGGAUAGCCCGCCGACGCUUCGAUGGAGGCCACUUCUCGGAGCCGAUCAUGCUGUUGAGGCUCUUCUGUCAGUGGGCGAUCCGCUUCUGGACAGUCUCGCAGUCAGGAAAGCAGAGGCAGAGGCACUUCCAAAAGGGCUGGGACCAAGCCGCCUGCAUGCUGGCAAACGAGGUCGAUGCCCAUGCGGGAAGGAUGCAGAAGCUUGUGGGCAACGUUGCAGACCUGGCCGAGCGUGUGCGUCUGGGCCAUCUGCCUGGAGGAAAUCGUACAACCACGGCCGCGAGGAAGGAACUUGGCCGACUGCUCUCGUUUCUCCAUGGCAAGGGCCCGAAGCCAAGCCUCCGCACGGAAGCUCCGCGGCUGCGGGCCGUGCUUGCAGCCGCGUUCUGCGAGCAACUGCUGAUCGGGCGACGAUUCAUGGAUCAGCUGCGUGCUCCUGCGCGUGCGAGUGGCCGUGCUGCCUCCAUCAUGACUGGACCUCGUGGGAAGAGCUCCGGCGAGGAGGAGGAGGAGGCACUCCAAGAAGGUCAUCCUGCGGAUGGAGCAGUCUUCCACACGCUUCCGGAGGACGACUUCGAUCUUGAGGAAGAGUUUGACGACUUCGACGAUGACGAGGAAGAGCCUGAGGAUGAAGAGGGCGAUGCCGACGAUGACGAGGAGGAUAGGGAUGACGGUGAUCUUGAGGAGGCAGAUUCAGAGGGCGACCAGCUGCUCUUAAACGAGGAGGAUGCAUCAAGUCGGCUUCCAUGGAGGAAGGCGCGGAAUGAGAUGCUGAUGGCGGUGAAUUCUCUGCCAGUUACGGGCAGGAAGUACCAUCACAGAAUCCUUGUGAGCAAGAUCAAGACUUCACAGAAGGACUCACCUGGCAGUGUUACCAUGGACCAGCUGCCCAACAUGAUGACGCAGCUUUGUGGUCGGCCGCCACAGUUUGUGGCCAAGGAGGGCAAGAAGUCCGAGUUUGCAGCCGUAUGCUUCCCCCCGGAAUCCAUCAAAGAGCUUCAGCUGCCACUGGGCCCGGAACCUGCCCAGCCGCCUGUCCUGGCUGGGGCCAGCGCCUCCGUCAGCCUUGCCCACGCGUUCAGCCUGGGCGCACUCCUCGUGGACUUCGCAGGAGAGGUCAUAGCUCGGCCGAGCUCGCCGUAUCAAAUCACCUUCUUCCUUCCAGAAAAGAACACCCGAAACGAGGAGGAGAAGCAGAAGCAAGUGAGAGGCUUGCUCGAAGCUCGCAAUCCGCUGGGCUUUCCCUGUCACAUGAACGCCGGUGAUGACUUCUUCUGCACGGCUUCCAGCCUGCAGCUGCUGAGCUCAAGGACAGCUGUGCGCACGACAGGUGUGACCAUUUUCAAUGCAGUUGAGAUCCUAUAUGCGAUCGCCGCCCUUUGCCCGGACCGAACCAUAAUGUCCGUCUGCUUGGGCCCGGGGCCUGCAGGAGAGUCUCCUGGAGCCCCGGAACACAUUAUUGCCGUGAAGGUCUGGGGCUGGGAGGUAAGCCUCCUUGGAGACCAUCGCGGCGACGGUUCCGGUGUGCCUGCGGAAGCGGCGAUUGAGGCCAUGUCUGCGGUGCGGAAGAGCAUCAAGGAUGCCAUGAAUGUCACGUCGGAAGAGGAGACGCCGGCCGGAGACGAUGUCAGGUCACGCAAGCUCCAGAGAGAGAGGUUCGAAGCGGAGAUGCCCUCGAAGGUCUUGGAUGGGCUCCUCAGCCUGGUGGUGGAGGCCUCCGAGCAUCUCGCCAGCACCAUCGAACCAAAGAUGCGAAUGUCGGAGUCCUACGCUCGAGGACGGAAGCGUCGAGAGAAGGCGAACAAGGCGACAUGGGCAGAGGUCCUUUUGGCCGGAGAGGAGACCGGUUUCGUUGACUUCUUGCGACCGUUGGAGUUAAGCACGGACCCUGAUGUGGUGUCGAAGCGCGAGAGUCGGAGGGUCAGGAUCGGCCAAAAAUCGCCAAAAUUCCGUUGCCCUGUUUGCCAAGAGGAGUUCGUGCGCGCGAAGGCUUGCCGCAAGCAUCUGAAGCAGACCGGCCACCUGUCUUGUGCGCCUGGACAGACUUGGAGGAGUCUGAUCGAGGAAAAGUGCCUGCUCAUCCCGCUUCCUGACGUGCCGGCUGCUUGA